UCUGAGAUUGCAUAUUUUAAAUUGGGUAGUUGUGUGACACAUUUGAUGUUAGAUUUGUCAAUUAAGAAGUGUGUGCCAUGCGACUUAAAAGAUCUGCGACCCAUGACCGAAGAAGUGGCAAAUGGUCUACUUCGACAGGUGGCUGGAUGGAAUUUGGUGCAUGAAAGUGGUGUGUUGAAGCUGAAUCGAUCAAUGAAAGUGAAGAGUUUUUCCAAAGGUCUGGAAUUAUUCCAGCUUAUAGCUGGUGUUGCAGAAGCAGAAGGUCACCAUCCAGAUCUUCAUCUUGUUGAAUGGAACAACAUAACGAUUGAGAUCUGGACUCAUGCAGUUGAUGGACUGACUGAAAAUGACUUCAUACUUGCUACGAAGAUCAAUAAGCUGAAUAUGCAUCACCUACUGAGGCGAAAACUUACGGACUAAACAGUCGGCAUAAUAUGGCGUAUGAAAUCUGUUACGUCGGUGUGAUGUAGUGGAUUUCUAUCACUUGUUGAUAUUUUGAGUUUGAAAAUAAGGCACAUGAAUUUUGCAUCUGUCAUCUGUCAGUGUGGCAUACUUGAUUUCUGUCUUUUAUUAAUACAAUUUUGAGUUUGAAAUGGACCACCUUAGUAGCAUUUAGUU